AUGUUUUCGGCAAAGACUCGGCUGUGUGGACCCCCAGAAAAUUCUGAUUGUAAAGAGUUUCAUGAUGUAAAACUGAAAACAAACGUUUAUUGUAUUUCUUCUCGUGACAACAUAUCUAUCUAUCUAUCUAUCUAUCUAUCUAUCUAUCUAUCUAUCUAUCUAUCUAUCUAUCUAUCUGUUUACAAUAAGGUCGCUUUUUUUCCUUUCUCUUUAUUUCUUCCUUUUUAUAAACAUUUUCACAAUAUUUAUUUUUUAGUCCAAACAACGAAGAAAGAUUUGGUUAAGAAGCCCACAUUUGAAGGAAAAUGUAAAGAUGUAGAGGAUGGCCAAUAUCCGCAUCCGAUCCAGUGUACGAUGUUCAUUUUAUGUUUCCGACAAAAAAUGCUACUUGGAAUCUGUCCAGAAGGGAGACUAUUUUCUCAAAAUUCUGAAAGGUGUGAAGAACCUGGAAAAGUGAAAUGUAAUGACAAAUCAAUUAAAGCCAAUAUUAAUCUGGCGAGAUGGAACAGUCAAAUGCUAAUACAGAAUACUUAUAUUGUGGUACCAGCUUUAAAUGAAUUCUGCCUUUUUAAAGAUGAUGGCUUAUACCAGCAUCCACAGAGAUGUCAUGACUUUAUUCAGUGCAGUAAUUGGAGAACUUUCAUUAAACAUUGUCCAGAAAAAUUGAAUUUCAAUAUUCAAAUCAAGCAAUGUGAUUAUGCUUAUAAUGUGAAAUGUCUUGGUAUAAAACCAGGCAGUGAUGUUGACAAUUCGGAAGAUAAGCAACAACUAUCUCAACAUGUUAGCCAUGUUGAAAUCAAAGACAAAAGUCCAACUUCUGGAAAAUUUCCAGUUACAAGAAGAUUCCCAACACCAUAUGAUGUUCAGUGCAAAGGAGAUGUUUUCCCUUCUUUGACUUUACAAACAAAUAUUGAAUGGAAAAUUACAGAAGAAAUUAAAAAGCAGUUACUGUCCAUUUCUCAGCAGACCAGUGUAAUCAUUAUAGAAUUCCAAAAUUCUUUCAGAAGACAACCAAGACUUGAUGAGAGCUGUAAAGGAAUUAGGAAUGGUGAAUACCGGCAUCCUACUGAAUGUGGACGUUGCCAGGGUAUUGAAGAUGGUCAAUAUGACCACCCCUCCAAAUGUUCAAUGUUUAUUUUGUGUUUCAACCAAAAGAUGUUUAUUGGAGUCUGCCCAAGUGGACAUGAAUUUUCUUCAAUGUCUGGAAUGUGUGAACGUUCUGAAAAGGUUGACUGCAAAGAUUCAUAUCAUACAAGCAGGAACCAACACCAAUGGAAAAAUAUCAUUUUAUUGAGAAAUAUUUAUGCAGUUGUACCAAGUUUAAAUCGUGAAUGUAUCUACAAAGAAGAUGGCCUUUAUCCUCACCCACAACGAUGUGAUGCUUUUAUUCAAUGCUAUGAAUGGCAAACAUUUGUUAAGGAAUGUUCAAACAACUUGCACUUCAAUCUAAACAGCAAGCGAUGUGAUCACCCUGAUAAUGCCAUGUGUGCAGUGAAAGACAGAAUGCCUUUAAUUGCACUUAAUUACAACACCAUUGUCAAGAUUCCAAGUCAACAGAGCCCAGAUUCAAACAAUGUUCUGAAUAGUACACCAGUUACAGUGUCGGAGAAGACACCAGUUGAGAGUUCUCCAAAAUAUCCUACUUUAGAAGGCCACUGCAAAGGAAUUGCUGAUGGUGAAUAUCCACAUCCUUAUAACUGCAAUAAGUUUAUUCUGUGCUUCAACCAACAAAUGUUUUUUGGAAGCUGUCCACAAGGAACUCUGUUUUCUUCAAAAGCAAGAUUCUGUGAUCACCGAGAAAAUGUUGACUGUACAAAUCGGCUUGCAUAUAAAAGCACAAGUGGAGUGGAAACAACGUCAGUUGCAUCUAAGAAGCCACAAUUCCCAAUUGUCCCAGAAAUACAUGUAAAACCUUCUAUCAAACAACCUACAUUGGAAGUACUAAAUUCAUGUACUAAUCCUUCUGAAGUCAAUUGUGAAGCUAAAAGCACGCUUGAAGAAAGGGUUUUUACCCCACAAGCUUCUCCCACAACAGACAAAUCACCAUCAACAAGAGAACCAACUUUAGAAGAUAUGUUCAUUGGAAAAUGUCAAAAUGGAACUCUCUUCUCUGCAAAUCUAAAAAUGUGUGAUCUUCCAGCAAAUGUUGACUGUCAAGGCCGUGUACUUGAGGAAUCUGGCACAUUGAAAGUGGAGAAGGAACUUACAGAUCAUAUAAGCAAAAAUAAGAAAUUGCAUUUUCAAGCCAAUUUUGAAGGGAGGUGUGUUGGUGUCGAUGAUGGCCAGUAUCCUUACCCUAAUCAGUGUGCAAUGUUCAUCUUGUGUUUUAAUCAAAAAGUCUUACUUGGAAUUUGUCCUGGAGGAAGACUUUUUUCACCUGUGACCAAAAUGUGCAGUGAUCCUGCCAAUGUGAAUUGCAAAGAUGAAUCAACGAAGUCUGCAAAACCAAGCAUUUCCACUGAAGAAAGAAAUAGUUCAGUUGUUGUACCAAAUUUGAUAGGUUCUCCUAGACACUUUGACAAAAUGGAUUCUUCUGGGAAGUUAAAUGAUCAGAGUCUUUGCCUUUUCAAAGAAGAUGGCAUGUAUGAACAUCCCUAUCAUUGCAACCUAUUCCUUCAAUGUAGCAACUGGCAAACAUUCGUCAAAACGUGUCCAGAGAAACUGAAUUUCAAUUCCAAGAUUAACAGAUGUGACUAUCCACACAAUGUAGUCUGUUCAGGUUUUGCACCUGACACACAACCUGAUGUACCUAAACAGGAUAGUUCUCUUUCACCUGGCAAGCAACCUAUCAUACCUGGAUUUGAUGGAGGUUUUGCACCUGACACACAACCUGAUGUACCUAAACAGGAUAGUUCUCUUUCACCUGGCAAGCAACAUAUCAUUCCUGGAUUUGAUAGAGGUUUUGCACCUGAUACACAACCAGAUAUACCAAAACAGGAUAGCUCUCUUUCACCUGGCAAGCAGCCAAUCAUACCUGGAACUGAUAGAGGUUUUGCACCUGACACACAACCUGAUACACUAAAACAGGAUAGUUCUCUUUCACCUGGCAAGCAACCUAUCAUACCUGGAAUUGAUGGAGGUUUUGCACCUGAUACACAACCUGGUAUACCAAAACAGGAUAGUUCUCUUUCACCUGACAAGCAGCCAGUCAUUCCUGGAAUUGACAGUUCUUUUGUACCUCACAAGCAGCCAACAGUACCUGGGAGGCCUGGUUUAGUAGUACCGGCAAAAGAACCAAUUGGAUUUGGGAUGGAUAGUUUUCUUGUACAUGGGAAACAGCCUGUUGUACCUGAAAAAGCAAUUCCUAUUAUACCAGAGAAGCCAUCAAUACAGUUUGGGAGGGAAUAUGUAACACAUCAAAAGUACCCCACUAUUGAAGGUCAAUGCAAAGGAAUUGCUGAUGGUGAAUAUCCACAUCCUUAUAAUUGCAAUAAGUUUAUUCUGUGCUUCAAUCAACAAAUGUUUUUUGGAAGCUGUCCACAAGGAACUCUGUUUUCUUCAAAAGCAAGAUUCUGUGAUCACCAAGAAAAAGUAAACUGCAUUGAUCAGCCUCCAAGGAGCCAAGAUGGUGUGAGUGGGAAUAUCAAAGUAACAGAACAAUACAACAUCCAAACUAGCAGAAUUGUGCCAAAUGUGCAAAUACAAGAAUACAAAAGUCAACAAUUCCUUCAUGGGAGCUGCAGUGGUCUUUCAGAUGGAGAAUAUCCUCAUCCUUCUCAGUGUGAUCUCUUCAUUUUGUGCUUCAAUCAACAACUGUUCUUUGGCAUAUGUCACAAACGCAUGCUCUUUUCCGCAACUUCCAGGAAAUGUUCAGAUGCAGCAACGGUUGAUUGCAAUGCAAAAGAUCGAGGAAUAAAUAAUUUUAGAAACAUAUCAUCUCCAAGCAUUCAAGACAACACUGCUUCACGCAAACAGCCAUCGCUACUUGGAAACUGUGAAGGAACAGAAGAUGGUGAAUACCCUCAUCCCACCCUGUGCGACCAGUUCAUCCUGUGUUUCAAUCAACAUUUGUAUAUAGGAAGAUGUCCUCAAAGCCAGCUGUUUUCACAAGAAUUGAGAAUGUGUGAAGCGGCAACCACUGUUAACUGUAAUGGCCGGUCUCUAACAGAAUUUAACAGCAGGACAUCUGAGAAAACUGAUACUGGUUCUAAGAAAGAUUCAACUGUGAUAUCUCAGAAACCAACAUUACACGAAAGCUGUAAAGGUGAACAAGAUGGCCAGUACCCUCACCCUGCCCAAUGUUCCAUGUUCAUCCUGUGUUUCCAGCAACAAAUGCACCUUGGAAUUUGUCCAGGUGGAAAAUACUUUUCCCCAAAGUCAAAAAUGUGUGAAGAUCCUAAAAACGUUAAUUGCAAAGAUGACAACAUACUGAGCAACCAAUUCUUGGCCAAAAUAAAAGAUCAACAGAUUUCUUCAGUGGUGCCUUCUGUGGAAAAUUACUUCCAGGUGACAGUUGAAAGCAAUCCUUCUGCAAGCCAAUUAUCAGUGCAGAGUGAAUGUAUAUUUAAAGAAGAUGGUAUUUAUCCACACCCACAUCAUUGUGGUGCUUUUGUUCAGUGCAGAGAUUGGCAAACAUUUGUAAAAAUUUGUCCAAACAACUUGCACUUCAAUCCAAACACCAACCAAUGUGACUACCCAGAUAAUGUAAACUGUACAGGGAGAAGCUCCACCCUCUCCCUUUCACCUGAACAAAUAUUUGGGAUAAAAUCAGUCAAGGAACAUUCCAAGGCUUAUAUACCAGGAAUGCAAAGUACCAAUUCCAUAGAUAUCUGCGUGGAUGCUGCUGAUGGUUUUUACAUUCACCCAACAAACUGCAAUAUGUAUAUAAAGUGUGAGAAACAAAUGAUGACCUUACUGCAUUGUCCAAAGGGGGAAAAGUUUGACUGCAUUUCACGUCGGUGUCGAGUUGGUGCAGUCACUUGCAGAGUGGAUGAUAUAAACAGAAAGGAGUCUUCAGUCUAUGAAAAGCAUUCAUCAAGUUUCCAGGACUCAUCAGUUGGCUCAGGCAGUACAACAACUCAUGUGACAAAUGGCUUAGACUAUUGUGCAGGUGUACAAGAUGGAGCUUAUAUUCAUCCUUCCAAAUGUAACAGAUUCAUCUUGUGUUCCAAUGGAAAAGCAUUUUUAGAAACAUGUCCUGCCAGUUUACUGUUCAAUCCAAUUUUGAAACGUUGUGAUUAUGUGCAGAAUGUCAAUUGCAUUGAGCGAAGACCUUUACAGGAAGGAAACUAA